AUUAGCUUGGUCUCUCUCGGCGACGCUCUUUGCCGCUGCUCUAAUCUCCCCUGCGACACUGAUUCAGUCUCAAGACUCUUAAUGGCUCGCCAUUGCAGGUAUUCUUGCGAGACAGCCGCUCAAACCCUAGAGUGGAUUAACGCCAUAAUCGCUUUCCUCAGACCUUACAGGUUUUUAUGUGAUGCUCAUGUCGUCAAUUUCUUCAAGGGUAGACUAUGGGAAUCUGUUGAUGAGCAGUGGAUGGAAUGCCUUCGGAGAGAACCUGUUGAGAAUCUUCUCAAAAUCCCUUCUGGAAUUGUCCAGGAUUACUGGCCUUCUUCACUUAAGGAGUUUAUUCUUGUAUUGCGAUCUCUUGUGCUUCCUCAAGAACAGACAACGUUGCAAAUGAUGUUUCCCAAUUUGCAUGUGGCUUCUCUUGGUAGUGUUCUUACUCAAGGCAUGAAUCUGAAGAAAAAACAUGAGGUGGAAAUUCUAGCUGCAAUUGUUAAUUCAACUGCAAGAAAAGUUGGGGGCGAGACAAUAAUUGAUGUCGGUGCUGGUCAGGGUUAUCUUGCACAAGUACUGUCUUUCCAAUACCAUCUCUCUGUAGUUGCAAUCGAUGCUUCUUCUCAUCAUGGGGAAGUUACAAGUGCAAGAGCAGAGCGAAUCAAGAAGCACUAUUUGGCGAAAAUGAGUAAAGCUCGAGCAGCUAAUGCAUAUUUGAGUGCGCCCCAGACAGUCACCUGCCGUGUUUUGUCAAGUGAAAUGUUGAAAGCUUUGAGCAAUUAUUUGCCUCAUAAAGGGAAUAAUGAGCAGUCAAAGCAUAUUGUAGAAGGUGUAGCAGAUGUGGGGAAAGAACCCACUUUGUGCAAUGAUCCAAACAAUGAAUCUUCAUUGGUUCUUGCUGGACUUCAUGCUUGUGGAGACCUUUCAGUUACCAUGCUUAGAACUUUUUUGGAGUGCAGAGAAGUCAAAGCUGUGGUUAGCGUUGGUUGCUGUUACAACUUGCUAUCUGAAGAAAUUUCUGACAAUACAGGUCCUCAGUGUGGUUUCCCAAUGAGUGAAAGUGCUAAAUUGGCUGGAUUUUCUUUUGGCAAAAAUGCCCGUGAUCUUUCUUGUCAGGUUUGGAGCUUUCCUAUUGGUUGGGUGAUGGGAGCUCUUAUUUCCUAUUGGUUGGACCAUUGGAUGAUUGGUGUUUACCUGGUGGUUUCCUUGGUGGAAGAGUGGAUUCUCUUUAGAGGUUUUGGUGAAUUCCAACCUGUUUUCUACUUCUAUCUAUUCUAUCUAUCUGUCAAGAACACAGCAUUGUGUGUUUCAGAUGACCAGUCAUGCUCAACUUCAGGCAUUGAUUUACUCUCUCCCGAGAUAUCUCCUAGCAACAAUAUGGGAGAAGAAGGUUCUCAGUCUUACACUGUUGAAGAAGGUUCUCAGUCUUGCACUGUUGACAAGUACUCCCUAUUUGAAAAUUUCUGCAAGUCUGGACUAUGUCGCCUGGGCCUUGUACCUUCACAGGAGAUUGAUUUUUUUGGAUUAUGGAAGGAAGCUCGACACUUUUCUGAACUUGUGGGACCGUACUGGUCUCUUAGGGCUGCUUUGGGGCCUCUGUUGGAAACUCUGAUUUUGCUUGAUAGGUUGCUGUUCCUUCAGGAACAAGGCAAUUUGGUGGAAGCGACUGUUGUUCCUAUAUUCAAUCCUAGAUUAUCACCACGUAAUGUGGCCAUAAUUGCUUGGAAAAAGGAACCCAGUUUAAAUCUCAUAGACUAACUUGGGUUUGAUCAAGAGUGCUUGGAGGCAUAUCAUUCAAUUUUUAAGAACCUGGGUGUAGUGGUGAUACAUGCCUGUUCCUUGGUUCUGAGCUUCAGAAGACAAGACAAGAAUUGGGCCUUUGCAUAAGUUGUUCCCCCAAACUGCUGCAUGCGGCAAUGACAGUGACUAACAAGUUCAAUGCUGACAAGGUCAAAGCUGCUACUGAGGGAUGGUGAGCCUUCUAAGCAUUGUUGGGAAGUUGGACUACCCUAACUGAUUUUAUCUAGUCAAGUACUUAUCUGAACAACUGAUUGUGUUUUAUUCCUUUUUGACUGUUGAAUAGAGACCUCCGAUCCAAAAUCACCUGUAUAAGGCUUAUGAAUAAAACCCAUAAUUGACUCAAUUAUUCCUAGCAACUUUAGUCGGAGAAGAAUCACAUUUAACGUACAAAAUUAGGCAACCUAUUGCAAGAGGGUCUAUAGGUUGACUUGUACACAUGCUUGUCUUAUAUUAUAUAUAAUAUAUUUGUUUUUUAUCAAAGUCAAA